GAAGAAUUAGAAGAAGGAAAUCAUCAAUCAAUAUGUUAAUAAUGAAUAAUAAAAUAAAAUGGAAUAUAAAAUGGAUGUACCCACGUUAGGUACAUACCUGCGCUGAGGGACCUUGUACACAUUAUCAUCGCAUACGGCCCUAGCGCGUCAUCGUGAGCGCAACACGGCCCCCCUCAUAUGCGCAAAAAUCAUGCGUGGCAGUUAGCCGGCCGGUAUUAACCUGUAACUGGUGCAAGAGCUAACGAAACUCGGCACGUGCUCGGCACGUUGUAACAGUCACGGUGUUGACGAGCGAUUCAAACUGUUUUGUGAACGAGAAGACACGUGGGCUGUUUCUACCUAUGCAGGUGUAAUUUAAGCAAAGUCAUGGCGCAAUCCAAAAAUUAUGUCAUUGUAGAGUUUGAGGAUGGAAUUCAAUUGAUAGCGAGUAAUUGGCUAAUUGAAGAGACCAUGGAAGCUUACUGGCCUAAUUUUACAACGAUGAAUCGAUAUUACAAGGCUGUGCAAGUAUUGGAACCGAUUAAAGAUUCGUGGAAGUUGUUCAAAGUAAAACGUAUACUGGCCAAAACUUAUAACUAUGAGAAAGGAACAAAAAUUUUAAAAGAUGCGGAAAUAUUUUCCGAUCUCAAUUCGGAUGUUGAUGAUACAUGUCUAAAAUUGAGACGAAGAACACAUGCUCGCUUAGUAUAUUCUGAUAGCGAUGAUGAGGAGUCGGGUAUGGAAAAUAACAGUCGAUCCAAAAUUCCUCCUCUUCCCAAGCCCUAUGUGAGUGAACCAUUCAUUCCACCGCAAAAACUGAUAAAAAACAGCAAAGCAUCAGCUGUUACUUCAAGGAAAAUGGGAUGUCACGAGCCAUUGAACAAUAACAACUCAGAUUUCGAGGAUGCGGAAAUCCAUUGCCCCAAGCAGACUGGCAAAUAUCUUAAUAUCCAAGAGCACUCAGAAGACGAUGCUGAAUCAGAAUGUUCACUUGCUACAAACACACUUGCAACGGCAACUCUUCCACAUACUAACAAUACAGCGUCAAUCAAUCCUAAACAACAUAACAGUAAUCCACAAGUUACACACGCACAUAGGGAAAUGCCAGCCAAGAAAGUAAUACAACCCAAAAAUGUUGAUCCAGAUUUGGAAAGCUGUAUGCGGAAGACAAAUAUGAAUGAACCUACUAUAUCUCUUGACAAUGAAGAUUUCAGAACUUAUCAACGCUUUGUCAUACGCUCUUUCACUAUGCUGAAAGCCAAAAUCAAUAAUGUUAUUGAUGUUGUGGAGGUGAUGAGUAAGAAGCUAGAUGGUAUAAAAUGUACUGAUAAUAUUCCGGAUGCGAAUCAAGAAGCUGAUAACCUCGAACUUGAAGUCAUGAAUCUUUUCCCAAUUUGCCAUGUAAAAAUGUUGCAAAGAGUAGAAAAAGAAUUAACGAACAAUGCGAUGAAACAAAAAUUGAUGACAGCAUUACUAAAAAUCGGUGGAAGUGAUUACAAAAACACUACCACUAGAUUGAUGGAACGGCUUUUCAGCAAUUAUGUAGCUGAGAAAUUUAGCUGGGUCGGGUCAAAAGGAAAAAGAAUUUUUUCAACACUUCAUUUGUGUCGUGUUAUUCUAGAUGUUGUCGGGAAAGCAUCGACCACAAAUUUGGUCACAGAAGAUAUGAUUGCGAAAGUCAUUAAAGAUUGGUUACGGCACGCGAAGGAACGAUUGUCACGAGAGAAACCGCCCCUAUCUUUGCACACAGAUGCAGAAGAAAACUCCGCCAGAGAACCAGAUGCCGAAGUAGAACUCAACGUUCCUGGAGUAGCUGAAGGGACUGAUUAUUCCAACUAAAAUACACGCACAUACCAAAUGACUGCCUAAAUUGGCAUUACAUGAUGAAAAUAUCUGAUGCUUCUGCGACUGUGAUUAUAAAAUUAAGUGGCACAUUUCUAUCCGUCUGCUGGUUGGAUGGAAAUAAAGCUAAUGCCUUUUAAGUAUUAUUAUCCUUUAAGUUCGACAGCGCUUUAAACAGCGGUUCAAAUACUAUA